AUGCACGAGAGGGACAAGUUCGCCGGGCUGCUUGCCGACGUCGAGACGCGGGGCAAAUCACUUGGAGUGAGCGGGUACUCGCUCUCUGUGACGACACUGGAGGAGAUCUUCAUCAAGGUUGCGCAGGGUACGAAGUUGUGUGAUGGCGAGGAGGCAAAGGACAAGGAACCCGUUGAUUGGUCGCGCUGUGUGUGGAACGUUGGGUUGAUGGAAAGUGAGGGCGCUAUUAUGUGUACGCAGUUUCGUGCGAUGAUGGCAAAGCGCCUAUGGAACUCGCUGCGUGACCGCCGCACGCAGUUUUUCCAGAUUGUCUGCCCCGUUGUUUGCGUGCUGCUGGCGAUGCUGCUGACGCUCAUCAAAAUGUUUGACAACCCACCAAUAGUCUUGAGCAGCGACCUGUAUGGUUCCCAGGUUGAGAUUGAUGUGUCGAACUGCGAGGCGGUGUUUGAUCUCUCAGUGCCGUUCUCACCGAGCACGCACACUGAGGUGCCGCCCGGUGUUGCGACGUCGCAUAAUAUGUCGGCGUACCUUCUGUCAACCUACCAUUCGCACAGCCGUGAGAGGUAUGGUGCGUUCGCGUGCCGUGACGCCGACCUUGGGGGUGCGAGCUCUAUCUUCUACAACACUUCUGCCCUGCACGAGGUCGCGAUUGGUGUGGCGAACUUUUACAAUGGACUGCUUCUAAAAGCGCACGGCUCUGCGCAGCGCAUGGUGACUCGUGUGCAUGCUUUACCAAGUACGCAGGCGCAGGAGGAUGUUGUCUCGUCUGUCUACGCGUUACUCAUCUCGAUUAUCAUUAUGAUCCCAUUCACCUUCAUCCCGUCGACGUUUGUGUCCUGGAUCGUGAAGGAGCGGCAGUGCAAGGCGCGCCACCUGCAGAAUGUGUCCGGGCUGCGUUUCACUGUGUACUGGGCAUCGAACUUUGUUUUCGAUUUUUGCUCAUAUCUUGUCACGGUGUUUCUGGUGAUCACCGUGCUUGCCAUCUUUAAGCGCAAGGAGUACGUUGCGCCGGCGAACGUUGGGGCGACGAUCGUGGCGUUUCUGUUGUACGGCCUCUCUGGCAUUGCGAUGGCGUACUCUGUGAGUUUCAUUUUCUCUGACCACUCGAAGGCCCAGAACGUUGUGAUGCUGACGAACUUUAUUGUCGGCUUCUUGCUUGUCCUUGCGGUGUCUCUGUUGUCCCUUUCCGAACAGACAGAGCACGUUGCCAACGUGCUACGCUGGGUCUUCCGGAUAGUGCCGAGCUACUGUGUUGGCGAGUGUAUCAGCAAUAUGGGGCUAAUCAGUGUGUUGCGCACCUUUGGUGGCGUUGUAUCUACGUGGAGUAUGAACAGUGUUGGCUGGCCGUGUGUGUACAUGGCGAUUGAGACGCCGCUGCUCUUACUGCUCACGCUUCUCAUUGACCACCCGGCCCGUCGGCAGUGCAUGCAGCGUCUGUUUCACGACCCUAACGCCUCGCCGGAGGUGAUUGAGGGCGAGGACGACGAUGCGGUGCGAGAACGUGUCGAGGUGAUGGACUCGCCGGGGCGUGUGGAUGACCUUGUGCGAGUGGUGAACCUGCGCAAGGUGUACGGAAAUGGGAAGGUCGCCGUGAGGAACCUGACGUUUGGUGUGAAGCGCGGGGAGGUGUUUGGAUUUCUUGGCACGAAUGGCGCGGGCAAGACGACAACCAUCUCAAUUCUGUGCCAGGAGUUCCUGCCGACAAGUGGGUCGGCUGCGAUCUGCGGCUACGAUGUUACGACGAACAGCAGCGCAGCGCUACGGUGCAUUGGCUACUGCCCGCAAUUCGACGCGACGCUUGACCUGCUGACUGUGGAGGAGCACCUGCGUCUGUACGCGGGGGUGCGUGGCAUCGUGGCGAGCGAGUGCGACAGCGUGGUGGAGGGUCUGAUGAAGAUGUGCGCGUUGACAGAGUACCGGAAGACGCUUGCGCACGAGCUGAGCGGUGGCAACCGGCGCAAGCUGAGUGUGGCGAUAUCGCUGGUCGGUGGCCCGCGCGUGGUGUUCCUUGACGAGCCGUCGGCUGGCAUGGACCCUGUUGCGCGCCGCGGGCUGUGGAACGCAAUAAAGGCGGUGGCCGACAACUGUUCUGUUGUGCUGACGACGCACCACCUGGAGGAGGUGGAGGCGCUGGCGCAUCGUGUUGCGAUCAUGGUGGAUGGCUCGCUGCGGUGCAUUGGCGACAAGACACACCUAAAGAACAAGUACGGCAGUGGGUUCGAGGUGACGGUGCGUCCAGUGCACGACGACGACGAGGUGUCGAUGGCCGCAGUUGAGGUGUUCAUGAAUGAGAGCUUUCCAGGCGCGCGGCUUGAGGAGCGGCACUCGAACCGUAUGAUCUUUGCGUUGCCGCGGACUGCGAAAAUGUCGCUGGCGUUCGAGUUGCUGGAGAGGCAUCGCCGGUCUCUUGGGCUGAGCGACUAUCAGGUUUCACAGACGUCGAUCGAGCAGGUGUUUCUGCGCAUAAGCGCGGAGGCAGAGCGUGCGCAUGAGGAGGAAGAGAUGCAAGCAAUGAUGGAAGGGCGAAUAAGGAAGGGCCGCCGAUUGUGCUGCUGCUGA